UAUCCAACCCAGGGACAAAGCCGAGAAUUUCCGAAAAAGAAGUAGCCACUACUAGUAAAAAGACGCGACCUUACGUCCCCAAUUUCAUUCUUGAAUCUUUGCAAAACCCUUGAAAUAAAUCUCUCUGAAUCCCAAACCAAGAAGCCAUGGCAGGCCAAACUGUGAAGCUCUUCACAGUGCUCAAGAGAUCUGCAAACAUAAUGCGGUCCCCCACGUCCCACUUCUUACACCUCUCCGCCCUGCUUCUCCCCCUGGGUGUCUUCUUGUCCACCGUCAUCUACCCUUUUCUGCUUGAUUCCCUCACCGACCCAUUCUCCCCCGGCGACCGGGCUCCUAAUUCUGCACCUCAACCAAGCCAACCGACCAUCGCCUCCACACUCAUUCAUAUCUUUACACCUAUCGCCUUCACGGUCUUCGCCUUGAUCUCCUCUGUCUGUGCAGUCGGGUCGAUCACCCACACCAUAUUUCAUGGGUUCCACGGCCGACCCGUGAAGCUAAGGUCGGCGAUCGAAGCGGGUUUCGGGUCUUUUUUAUUUCUGCUGGCUACGGCUGUGAUUUUGCAGCUGGUUGUGAAAUGGUUUGGGAUACUGCUGUUUAUGGGGGGUCGAGUGGUCGAGCUGCAGAGCGGGCGGAGGAUGGAGGACUGGUCGCCUGAGUUGACUGUCGCCUUCUACGGGGUGGCUGCAACGGCUGUGUUGCCGGUGGCUCUGUACGUGCAAGUGAUGUUGAGCAUGGCCCCCGUUGUGGUUGUGGCGGAAGCGUGUUGGGGUUUGACUGCCUUGAGCCGAAGCUGGCGUUUGGUAGAGGGAACGAAACUCAGAGGGGUUGUGCUCUCGUUGAUGCUGAUUUGUGGGUUUUACAGUGGGGUUUUGGGGAUUUUGGGUUGGAGAUUGGAAAGGGCGUGGGUGGCACUAACCAGUGGGUGGCAGAAUGGGGCGCUGUGUCUGCUACAUGGCAUUGCCGUCAUCAGUAUUUUGCAGAUGAUGGUCAUCUUCUUCUAUACAGUGGCAAUCACUGUAUUGUAUUGCGAGGCCAAGGAAGACGACGGUGGUGAGGAGGUUGAUCUUGGUGAUGACUGUUGCAAGUUUCCCUGAUGUCGUUUUUGUCUAGGGUUUAGGUAGGAUGACUUUAACAAAUUAAGAGGCUACCUAUGGUUUAGGUCUGUGCUUCAUCUCGUCUGUUGUUGUAUCUGUUUUUAGUGGAAUUCCCUUCCAUUGUUUUGUUUCAAAUGAUAUGAAGACUCUACAACAUAUUACCAA